GUUCAAAAGUGGGGGAGUAUUUCAGUGAAAACAUGUGUUUAGACAUGUCGUGGGUGCUAGUUUUGAGUUAUUGAGAUUUGAUGAAACAAAGUAUGGAGGAUAUCAAAGAUGUGAGUAAUUGGCAGAAUGGAACUGAUAAAAUCGUCAACUUCCAUCGACAACAAUCUCCGGAUAAUUACAUGUUAUUAUUCGAAGAUAUCGAUCAGUUUUUUAAUAAAAUAAAUCUCACUAAUGAUUCCGAAAUAACCAACGUGCUCAAUUGUUCGAAUUUGUUCGUUAAUUUAUCUAACGGGAGUUGUGGUGGCGGCGUUCAAUUCGAAAUCAGCCAUCAUAAUUAUUGGGCGUUGAUAUUAGUACUUUUUCCGGUAUUUACAUUAUUUGGUAAUGUACUAGUGAUACUUAGCGUGCUUCGUGAAAGGACUCUACAGACUGCUACCAACUAUUUCAUCGUGAGCCUUGCUUUGGCCGAUCUGCUGGUGGCUGUUGUGGUGAUGCCGUUUGCUGUUUACGUUUUGGUAAGCGGCAUCUGGGGCUUGCCAGCUUUCGUAUGUGAUUUCUACAUAGCUAUGGAUGUUACGUGCUCAACAUCUUCCAUAUUCAAUCUAGUAGCUAUUUCAAUAGAUAGGUACAUAGCAGUUACUCAACCAAUAAAAUAUGCAAAACACAAAAACAACAGGAGAAUAUGGUUGACAAUAGUAUUCGUAUGGGUAAUAUCCGCUGCAAUAGGUUCACCGAUCGUCCUCGGCCUCAAUAGCACACCAGACAGAGAUGAAGAUGCUUGUCUGUUCUAUAACGACGAUUUCGUUAUCUAUUCUAGUCUAUCAUCGUUUUAUAUUCCUUGUAUAAUAAUGGUUUUUCUAUAUUAUUCUAUUUUUAAGGCCUUAAAGACUCGAGCGAUGCAAUUGAAGUUCAAUAAAAAACCAAUGACGUACGAAAUCAAGCCUGGAUCCGUGAUAGAGAACAUUUCCAAUACGCACAGAUUAGCUGAAACAACGCUGGGCGGUCCAACACCUAUUGAUGAGCAGGCGACGAACACGGGAAGCGGCUCCGGAGAUGAGGACGAAGACGUCAUGGCCGAUGCCGAUUGUCACGUUAUAUCCAACGAUAAGAGCACCGAGUUCAUCCUUGCGACAGUCGUUGAAGAAGCAGCAACGAUGCCUAGAAUCAUGAGUUCAGCGUGUCCAAAAAAUGAAGCAUCCUUCUCGCCGACAACGGGUUCUACGGGAUCUAAAAAAGAAAGAAAAGCCACAGCCGCGGCCAGAUUCACGAUAUACAAGGUUAAUAAAGCGAGCAGAAAAAAACGAGAAAAAUCGUCAGCGAAGAAAGAAAGAAAAGCUACGAAAACUCUAGCUAUUGUACUUGGUGUUUUCCUGAUAUGUUGGCUUCCGUUUUUCACAUGCAAUAUACUGAGCGCGAUGUGCAGUAAAUUCAACCUAGACUGUCAACCUGGCGUUGCCGCAUUCCUUCUCACGACAUGGUUGGGAUAUAUGAAUAGUUUCGUGAAUCCUGUUAUCUAUACAAUUUUCAAUCCAGAAUUUAGAAAAGCGUUCAAAAAGCUCAUGUUCUUAGGAGGUCAUUUUCCUCUUCAGAAUGGACCAAACAGUAUUACAAAUUGA